UGGUUGUGAGGUGAGGCAAUGAUUAAAUCUCUGUUAAUAGAGCAUGAAAUUGCUUUUGUUUUUAGUUUUAAUUGAUAAAAUUGUUUCUCGUUUCAAGUAUUACAAUAUUAUGUAUUUCACCAAAACACAUUUUAUUUAUGUUCAAAGCUUUUUAUAACUUUCUCGUUCAUCUAUUGUUGACUGAUUAACUGGCUUUUUUUCAUGUUGUAUUAAUCUGUUGAUCACAAUUAAAUGAAGUUCAAUUCAGUGAAGUUGAUCAGAUGAAUCUAAAUUGAUCUUAGUUUCUAAUGUUUCAAUUAAAAUUAAGAUGUAGCUGCUGUUGUUUAUACUUGCCGAGGCAUUAAGUCUUUUGUUGUCGCUGUACAUUCAAGGGUAUACAACCAUUUUGAUUAUCAACCAACCAAUGGAUUUGAUUGAUACAAUUAAAUAACUUAAUUGAACCAGUUAAUACCCUUGUUAAUCAACUGAAUAGAGACAGUGGCCGAGUAAAUUUAAUCAAAUUAGUGGAUUAAUGCAACAGUUGAACCGGUUAAAUGAACUCUAUUGUUUUAUUUGAUCAACUCAAAAAUCAACCAGAGAGGAGAUUCAUAAAUUGCUUCAAGUUGAAAUUGGGUUUUGGGUUGAUUUGGAUUAGAGACUGAUUAUUAGUGUCUAAAUGAAGGACAACUUGACUAAAAUAUAAGAUUAAUUACCUUAAAUCACCGUAGAUCUCAAAAGAUUGGAUAAAAUCUCAAGUCUAUCGUCACUGUUGCUCCUGAUGUUUGUAAAUCGUUUCAAUGGUUUUGUAAUUGAUGUUCAAGCAAAUAUAAUAAUUUAUCCUUGGACCUAAAAAUUUACGGUUCAGAUGAUUUGAACGUACAAGUAUAUUGUAAUAUCAUCUUCCGUGUUACUCACCGUAUCUUCAUCUGGAUCGUCUUCAUCGUUAUAAUCAUCUUAGUCUUCAAACCAUCAACCAUGAAACCAAUAAUCUUUUCAUUUUUUGUCUUAGCUCUUCUUACGGAUUUGGGUCUUUUGAAUUUCAUCGUUGGAACCUCUAUGCCUGUCAAUUCACAAUUGAAAUGAAAAAUUGAGUUAACCAAGUCAAAUCUUAAACAAUGGUGUUUCAGUGUUAAUUGUGUUUAAAUAUUAAUCCAGUAAAUAUCGAUCAAGGUUUGAUUUUGCUUGGAGGGAAUCACUUCACGGAUGUCAUUAUUUUGGGUUUAUUUGGUAAUCAGUUGUUUCUCCGGCCUCACUUGGGAUUCACAAAUGGUACAUUUAAUUCUUACUGCUAGUUUUAUGUAAUCGGUGAACAAAUUAUUUGCUUUUCAACACGAUCAGUCAUUCGACAGUAAAUAUUUACAUCAACACCAACUGACCAACGUCUAAUGCUGGAAGGAACUGGAAGAUGUGACUGAGAACCAAGUUAGUGAAAUCUUCGUCUGGUUUUGAUGUUUCUUAAAUUCUAUUGUGCAACGUAUUUUUUUAUAUACAUAACUAUUGACUUGUUAAAUUGUUUUCUAUAAUUCGAUUGUUUUGGAAUUAAUUAUGUCACGAAUACCCCGUGACUGGUAUGAUAUAUUGAAUGUUGAUGGUGAUCUUGAUUUGAUCUGUACUGAACUGCUGGUUGAUAUGCUAAAGAAAGCGUCCGAACAAAGUCAAGCUAUUUUUGCUGGUACGGACAGGAAAUUUUUCAUAUGGGAACUGGAAGACUAUAAUAAAUUGGUUUCUUUCAUUUUCGAUUUGUGUUCCUCUCUUCACAUGGACGACGAUUUUGUAAAAUACAACUCUUGUGAGUUGUACGAAGAAUUUCUUUAUCGACAUAUCGAAAAUUUAAAGUCUCAAAUUGCCAAUGGAACAGUAGAGGAGGAAAAAAACCUUUGGUACAACAUAAAGCAUCAAGCUCUAUUGCGUCUUAUUUCGUGUAUCAUGUUAUCAAGUAAGAUCAGUUCCAUGCGUGCAACCAAAUAUUUGAAUGAUUUUCACGAGUUAAUGAAGUCUUAUGGUCAAAAAUAUUCCAAGAAUGCCAUCCUCAGAUCAGAAAUACGAGUGCUGAAAACCGUCGAUUUCAAGGUUGAUAGAUGUUUGCUUUACGCAAUCUGUCCAUUGUUGAUAUUAACAUUAAGCCAUAACGAGCCAAAUUUGGAUGCAAAAUUGUUCUAUUCUAUACUCCACAAGAUAAUGGAUUAUUAUUAUUUGGCGAAAUCAGAUAUUUUCAAGCGACUAUUUGAAGUCCUUAGCAGACAAUCAGUGAGCAAAAGUCAAUUUGUAAGUCUGAUGAAUAAUACAAUGUUGAUUGGCUCUGCAAUUGUCGCUGCGGCACCAAUGCUGGUCAAUGAAAAGGAUGCACCUCAGGUACUGACGGAUCUGGCUUUCAUAACCUGCUAUGAUGAAAAAGAUAUUUGUACCAUAAGAGACGUUAUACUUGAAGGUUUACUUGCAUCAAAAUAAUAAUUUAUAUCAAGACUGACUAUCUUUAUCUCACAUUGAGAUUGGAGCUGAACAAAAGUUGAAUCAAUCAUGCCAAAGAAUAUUAAGAUUUGAAAAUUCCAGCGAUUUGAAAAAAUGACAAAAGCCUAAGAGCUAUUGAUUUGUGAUAAUUGACUAUGUUCAUAAUUAACAUUACUA